GGAAAGAUUAUUUGCACAUUGAUUUGGAAACCGGAAAAAUAAUAAAGAAAGAUUCGUAUGAAGCUAAUUCAGAAUCAAGAUACUACGAUAUCUAUGGUGUAGUAGGUCUGCUAGAAUUACUGUCUGCAAUUCACUUGAUUGUGAUUACUGAACGAAAAAACCUUGGGAAAGUACAGGGUAAAGAUGUUUAUAUGAUCAAGAGAGUCGCAAUUUUGCCCUUAGACUACGAUAGAGCAUGUAAAAUUCUUGAAAAACAUCCAUGGCCUAUAGAUGACGAAUGGAGUAAUACAGAAGGCCACCAACGAUAUGUCUCGAAUGUUAUUGAGGAAGUCGAAGUGCCAGACUCACCGCAAGUGCUAUCGUCAUCUGCCCCAGAGUCAGGAGAAACGCCAGAUUCAUCUGUCUUAUCUCUGGCUUCCGAACCCUUACCCAAGAAACAACCAAUGUCUGUAUUUUUUUCAAAAAUGAAAUCAACCUUUUCGGAAUUGCGAAGGAAGAGGUCUCUCUCUCUCUCUUCAAAUGAUUCUGAUUCCGAAUUAGAUAAGGAUAGCGAAUGGGAAACAGUUCCUUCAGAAGAGGGGUUUUCUAAUGAAACCAUUACGAAGAAUUCUCCUGAAAAAUUUUCGUUUGCAAAUGGACUGUCAACCGCUGCAAAACGAAUGACCGGUGUUUUUGAAGGAUUUGGUAAAGAGGAUAUGACUCCAAAAACAAUAAAUAUUAAAGAUCCAAUUGACAAAAAAGUCAUGGACGCUCGAGUAUCAAGAGAGCUUGCAAAUUUCUUUCAGUCAGAAUCGUUUUUCUUUUCAUAUGAACUUGAUAUAACAGUUAGCUUGCAGAAGAAGCAUGAGAGGAAGGUACAAAAUGAUCAACCUCUGUGGAAGCAAGUAGAAAAGCGAUUUUGGUGGAAUGAACAUCUGCUACAUCAUCUAAUAGAGCUUGAGCUCCAUGAAUGGAUAUUACCUAUAAUGCAAGGAUUUGUGCAAACGGAAAGUUGUGUAAUCGAAGAUAGGGAGUUUGAUUUUACUUUAAUUUCUCGCCGAAGUCGAGACAGAGCAGGUCUAAGAUAUCAGCGUAGGGGAGUAGAUGAACAUGGAAACGUCGCCAAUUACGUUGAGACGGAGCAAAUUAUAGCAAUUGAGAUUGAUCAUGAACACCAUGAUGCUUCAUUUUUACAAGUUCGUGGUUCAAAACGUUCUGCAAAAGAAAAUAGCGAGGCAUUUUCAAAGCAUUUUGAGUCCAUAAUUGAAUAUUAUGGAGACAUAAGUUGCAUUAAUUUGGUCGAGACGACUGGAAGGGAAGCUACUAUUGGGAGUGCUUAUCAAGAAGAAAUAGAAAAACAAAAUAAUAAUAAAAUCAACUACAUUGAGUUUGACUUCCACAAGGAAUGUAAGGGCAUGAAAUAUGAGAAUAUUUCCAACCUCAUAUCAAAGCUUGAUCGAAACUUUUCUACAAUGAAAUACUUUUGGCAGGCUGGUGAUGAAGAAGUUCAUUGUAAACAGGAGGGCAUUUUUCGUACGAAUUGUAUGGAUUGCCUAGACCGCACAAAUGUCGUGCAGAGCGCUCUUGCAAGAGAAGUAUUAAACCUUCAACUUCUUAGAUUCGGAUUAUCAGAUUAUCUUAUUGAUGGUAUAUCUCACUAUGAACAAUUUGAGAAUAUAUUUAAUGAAGUUUGGGCAAAUAAUGGGGAUUCUAUAAGUAAAGAAUAUGCUGGAACUAGCGCAUUGAAAGGUAAAAGAAAUUUGCAAGGUGUUGUCAACGAUGCAUCGAAUUCUAUAGCUCGAUUGUUUCAAAACAAUUUUAAAGAUUUCUUCCGACAGGCCAUGAUUGAUUACCUUCUCGGUAAUCAUUCGAUUGAAGUUUUUCAGGAACUCCAGCAGAAAUUCGAAGUAUCUCAACCAGGUGAUGCUGAUCGAUGGGCUAAAGUCCGGACAACUGCAAUUGAAAUCAGUAGUUCAAUUGUCAUAGCGGAUGAAGAAAAGAUCAAUGGGUGGACGUUUCUCUCGCCCAAUGAUUCAAAUACUUUACGGGGAAGGUCAUAUGAGGAAAAGGUCUUACUUUUAACAAAAAAAGCAUUAUAUGUUUGCACUUUUCAUUACAAAUUAGAAAAGGUUAUCCAAUUUAAGAGAAUUGGAUUAGGAGAAAUUACACUUAUUGAAAAAGGUGAAUAUAUAUUGUCUACUUUAUACCCGUCAUGUGUUUCUUUAGAGGACAAUUAUGGAUUUGUAGUAUAUUACAUGGCAUCUGGGGAAUCAAUUGGUGAAGCAACCAAAUUUGAUGGGGGUGGCGGUGGAAAUAACACCUCUAUUUCCGGUGAUUAUUCGUCACCUAAAACGAGUCAACAGGUAGUUAACGAGGUAGUUGGAGAAAUAGUAAAUGCCUGUUGGGCCGUCGGAAAUGCCGAAGAUAAUGAUUUUGUAGUAGAAAGGCCAAUUAUAAGUUUGGAAGAAGCGAACAAGAAUACAGGCAUUAUGACUAAAGUUGGCUUCAAAGUUAAACAGGCUCUGUGGCUCUAA